AUGGAAUUCGGCUUUGUCAUCGAGUCCACACCCACCCAAGCCACCAUCAUCACCAACUGGCAUGUCAUUCAAUCCGCUCUCGUGCAGGACGCGACCAUCACGGUCACUUUGGCUGAUGAAAGCUCAUUUGCUGCCACAAUUCAGCAUGUGGACCAGGCCAGUGACUUGGCCAUCCUCAGCGUUGCCUGUGAGCGAGCCUUACCUACCGCCCCAUUAGGCAGCAGUGCGGCUCUCCGAGCCGGCGAAUGGGUGGUGGCCAUUGGAUCCCCACUGACUCUGAGCAACAGCAUCUCUGCGGGUGUUGUCAGCAACGUUCGCCGCCGAAUCAGUGAUAUUGGCGUGCGCGGCUUCCAGCGAGGUGCCUUUUACCCCCCCCACCGUUUCAUUCAAAGCACUCAUUUCGCCUGA